AUGCCCCUAACUUUCUUCGACAUCAUGUGGGUCCAUUUCCACCCUAUCCAACGCCUUCUCUUUUACGACUACCCUUUUUUCGAACCCAACUUCUCAGAGAACCUCUUCCCAGUUCUCAAACGAUCACUUCCGCUCGCUUUCCAAGACUACCUUCCCUUAUCGGGUCACUUGACUACCCUCUUAACACGGCCCAUGAUGAUGACAAGAAGCCCGUUUUUUGUUACCGGGGACUCGUUCACGACCGCGGUGUCUGGACACGACUUUGACGAGCUCAUUGCAGACCAUGCCCAGGAUGCCGAUCAAUUUUACGAAUUUGUCCCCGAGAUGUCGCCAUCAAAAGAUGAGCUCGACUGCAAGGCAAUUUCGGUUGUAGCCCUCAAAGCAUCACUUUUUCCUGGUCGAGGUAAAUUGAUGAGGGAGAUUCCUUUGAAAGCAAGGUCCUUUCCUUUGCCCACGAAUAAGGUUAGAGCGACUUUUACUCUCGACCGGGCUAAUACAGAGAGGCUUAAGGACUUGGUUUCAGCUGAGAAACUGAGUCUUGGUCGAGUCUCAUCAUUUGUUGUCCCAGUUUCUUAUGUUUUGGCUUGUCUGGCCAAAUCGAUCGGCGAAAUUGGAGAAGAAACGGACGAUGAUGUGGUGGACUAA